GGCUUAGAAUUGAGAUAUUACGGAUUCUUAUUUGUUGCAACCUUAGGAGAGACAGAAGGAAACAUGUCGGGCGGAAUUGCGCGUGGUCGUCUUGCUGAGGAGAGGAAAGCAUGGCGUAAGAAUCAUCCUCAUGGUUUUGUGGCAAAGCCGGAGACUGGUGCUGAUGGGUCUGUCAAUUUGAUGAUUUGGCAUUGCUCUAUCCCUGGUAAACCUGCUACUGACUGGGAGGAUGGUCACUAUCCACUAACAAUGCACUUCAGUGAAGACUAUCCAAGCAAACCCCCAAAGUGCAAGUUUCCUCAAGGUUUCUUUCACCCAAAUGUCUAUCCUUCAGGAACAGUAUGUUUGUCUAUCCUCAACGAGGACAGUGGGUGGAGGCCAGCCAUUACAGUUAAACAAAUUUUGGUGGGUAUCCAAGAUUUGCUCGACCAGCCAAAUCCCAAUGAUCCAGCACAAACCGAUGGUUAUCAGCUCUAUAUGCAGGAUACAGCUGAGUACAAGAGGCGAGUGAAGCAGCAGGCGAAGCUAUAUCCAGCUCUACUCUAGUUUUAUCUGCUUUAAGACUGUGAUUAAAUUUGACUGUGGGCAACUUCCUUUUGAUUUUUAGCAACGUCAAUAGGCCUCAUUGACAUAGUAAGUGUGGGUAACUUUGAGUGCCUAGCUUUUUUAUGAUUCAGAGAUGCAUGUAGUUGGAGUUUGCAACUUGCAAUUGCUUUCUCUUGUUUCUUAUUACUUUGGAAUUGUACAAAAACAGUUUUUUAUCAAAAAUUGUCUCCUUACUUACUGACUGCCCUUGGGGGAGAGUUGGGUGAGGGGAGAUAAGGAGAAGAGGGGGUUAUGGUCUUUUAUCCCGAUUCUUAAAAUUGGGAUGAGACACUGGAACACUCCCCUCUCCUUCCUCUCAUCAAUCGUUAGGAGCUUAUUCUAUCUUAAUGCUGAAAGAGUUGUGAAGUGGA